AUGAGAGACUUGGCCGACUCCCAAUUGCGGAAGGAAGUCACCGACCAGGAUCGCUGCAGCGGGGUGUGGGAGGGCUCCGAGGCGCAGGAAAGGCGUCGGUUACCGAGGCUCAGGGUCCGCAUUCCUAGAAGCCGGGCGCUGGGCACCUGUCUGGCGGCUGCCCGCGGCCGGCGUCUCCUCCCGGCAGGCGGGUCCCGGGAGAGGGGGCGGCCGCUCUCCCGAGCGCUGAAACUCUUACUUUCCCCCCACUUCGCUCCUCCUCCCCUUCCUCCUCCUCCUCCGCCGCCGCAGCCUUUAUCUCUGCCUCGGCCACUUCCUUCUC